AUGCCGACAUUUCAGUUCUGGAUGCGGGGAAAGAAGCGACAUCAGUUCUCCGGCGCAGACGAGUACUCGCUGAGAGAGUGGACCCAGAAGCUGAUCCAGGAGGCCGACCGGGAUGACGUCAUCGUCACCAGGGAAGCGCUGGAGGAGUUCUACCUGAAGCACGACCCCGGCAAAGCCACGAAAGAGAGCCUGGACACCAUCCUCCAGAAGAACAGCAAGGACUUUCCUACCAUGGUCCGGCUGCUGAAGAAGAAGUAUGGUGAGGCUCCCAAGACGACGCAGAAGCCGAAGCCGACAAAGGACGCCGACAGCGCCAACGCCGGAGGAGGCCAAGGCAAGGCUGGCCCUAACCUCGAGGCGGCCUCCUUAGAGGAGCUCAAGCGCGAGCUCGAGAGGCUCGCACGCCGUGCCCUGGCACCCAAGUCCAUCUUGUGUGGCGACCUGCCCGAAGGGAACCUCCCCGUGGCUGAAUCCAUGGCCUUCCGGGUGGAACUCCGGAAUGCUCUGAAUGCCGAGCUGCUUACGGAGCUGAAGCAGGAAGGUCCAUGCCCGGUGGGAGUUCUUCAGAGCCACCUGGCCACGAUGUUCCGCGAUGACGCACGCCCGGUCUUGGUGUUGCAGGGCUCUCCUAUGACCUCCGCAGAUGUCCUUCGAGAAGAUGUUUCUCUGGAGGUGGUUCGCCGGACUGUGACGGAAGCAGCCGCCAAGAGCCUGCAAGAGGCUCGCAAAGGUGUUGGCGAGCUGAGUGCAGGUGUCAUCAAAGAGAUCACGGCUCUGAAAGUCCCGCCAAACCCCUUGCUUCACGUGCUCUCGGCCAUCCUGAGCUUGAUGGGGCACCAAGAGCCUUCAUGGCCUUCUGUGACAGUCUUUCUAUCCGGCCCUGAACUGCCAAAACUCAUCGCCCUCGAGCCCCAUCAAGUAAGCUGGGAGAGUCAGCUCGCUGUACAGCAGAUGCUGGAGGAGCACGCCGAGAGUUUCAAGCACGAGGAAAUCAGCCGAAUCUCCCUGGCGGGCGCGGCCUUCGCAGCCUUGGUGAGGGCUUUCCUAGCCUGCUGGGCAGGCGAUUCGGCGUAG